GAAAUGCAACCCCGCUUAUGAGAAGGAUCUAUACAACCCAAAUUUUCUCGAUACUUAAGGUCUUUGUCAGUCAGUAGCUAUAUCAUCGGAAAAAUGACGAAUAUGGGUUUCCCAUCUAUCGAAGAAGUGUCCAAAAGCCCAGCAUUCCCCACAGCGAUCUGGAAGCUCGAACCGCACCAAAGCGGCUUUUUGCCAGUUGCCGCGGGUCGAGGCGGGCCCCUGAACAUCAGCUGGGAGGUUCACGGCGAUGGACCCAUGAAGCUCAUUCUCAUCGGUGGAAUUGGUCUCGUGAAAGCAGACUGGCAGCCGCAGACCAAGUACUUUGGCCACGAGCGAGGGGACCGGUACUCCGUGCUCGUGUUCGACAACCGCGGCGCAGGCGCCUCGGACAAGCCGGUCAUGCGGUAUAGCACGUCGGAGAUGGCGCGCGAUUUGCUCGAGGUCUUGGAUCACCUUGGCUGGACCGCGGAGCGCCAGCUUCAUAUAUCUGGAGGCAGCAUGGGCGGCAUGAUCGCGCAGGAGGUCGCCGUGAUAGCACCCCAGCGGAUCGCCAGCCUAAACCUGCACUGCACCGCCGCCAAGCUGGACACCAGCGGGUCAUCGCUCACAGACAUGACGAGUCGUCUCGGGGCCUUAUUCCCCCGAAGCCUCGAGACCGAGAUCCGCUCCACAGCAGACGGCUGCUUCCCGCACGCAUGGCUCGAGGCCGCAGACGAGGCCUCAGUGCCGGACUCGACCACACCAAAAUGCGAGGUGCCGCCCGGCGGGUACAAGCAGUUCGCAAGCAACUACGCGCGGUUCGCGGCGCAGGAGAUCCAGCUGCAGCGGAGCAAGGCCGGGUUUGCGCUGCAGGCGGUCGCCGGCGGGUUUCACUCGAAGACGCCCGAGCAGCUGCGGGAGCUGGCGGAUCGGGUUGGCAGGCACAGGAUCAUGGUGCUCCAUGGGACGGCGGACAAGAUGAUCUCGGUUGAGCUGGGGAGGAAGCUGAUACAGUAUCUAGAGCCGGGGAAGUCGUUGGUCGUGGAGGGGUUAGGGCACGCGCCGAUAUACCAGAUGACGGGGUUUUUUAAUGGGUUGUUGGAUGAGAGAUGUACCGAGUGUGAAAAUGAAAGCUAGGUGGGCGUUAGGUAGGUAGCGAGUUGGGCUUGUAUUCAGGGUAUAUACCCAGGUAGGUAUUUACAGGAUGUCAUAUAUGGAAGUUUGGACACUAUUCUGGUUUGCACACUCUUUGAAGCCAAGAUCAGUUCACUAUCCAUGCUACUUGG